UGUAUUUUGCUUGUUAAAUUAACAUUUGAUAAAAUCGACCUUUUAGGGGUAUUUGCUUCCUAAAAAUUUGCGGGAAUCCCCACCGCCCUUCGAAAUCGCCAUGGAUAGCCACGACGCCGUCGCCGCCUCUCCCAAUCCCAAGCUCAAGCGCCCCUGCUACCCCACCCACACCGAAAAUCCAACCUCCGAUUCCGAUCAUUUCGACGCGCUAUUGGAGUCUCUCCUCCAUUUCCGCGAUUCCUCCGCGAUCGCUCUCGACCUCGCCGUCGGUCGCAUCGUCGAGUCCUGCCCCAGUGAUUCCGAGAAGCAAGACGUCGUCGAUCGCGCGCUCCGUCUCGGUUCCGCGCUCACUGAAGCGGCCAACCGAUCCGCUAGGAGGCUGGCUUCCAUGCACAACGCCGCCGUUUGGGCUCUUCCGUCCGAUCUCACUAUUAAGGUAUUCUCGUUGCUCGAUACACAGAGUGUGUGUCAUGCUGCUGCUACAUGCUACUUCUUCAAUAAAUGUGCUGCUGAUCCAUUGUGCUAUGCCAAUAUUAACUUAACCACGACUGUUCCAAGGGUCAAUAACGUAGUAGUUUCCACAAUGAUUCAACGAGCAGGGAAAGUACUGCGGUCCCUUAAGCUUGGGAUUGUCCCUAGCCCACCUGUUGCAUCACUAGGUUCGUCUCAAGCACUCAUUUAUUCUAUGAGAAAUUCAUCAGAUACAACAGAAUUUUCAUGGAAUGAUAAAAGGCCGAGACAGGGAAAGGAGACAUUUGUACUUACUAGGUCUUGCUUGGCACCAUUGAUCAGUGAUGGUGGUGCUCCAGGGGCUCUUCUGAAAAAGUUACACCUUUAUAACAUAGAAAGAAUGGACAAUUCAGCAUUGGGAGCUGCUAUAUCAGCUUGCCCUUCUUUGCUUGAUCUAGAAAUUGUUGGCUUACAUGUGGAGCUGCGGCAUACCCUGGAGUCUGUGAGUAGAUCCUGUCCCCUAAUAGGACGUCUAUAUUUUGAAUCUUCGAAAACAGGUAGAGAUGACAGCUUAAAAUUAGCAACAUGCAAUGACAUAGUCAACAAUUGCCCAUAUUUAUCCUCGUUAGCACUUCGAGGGUUUAAAUUGCAUGACCCUAAAGUCCGUGUUCUUGUCAAGGGAUUGCGUAAUUUGAAGUUUGUUGACUUUACAAUGUCCUAUGCCAUCACAGGUGAAUUUCUUAGAAACCUAGGUGGCAGUGGAGGUGGAAGCUUACUGGAAGUUUUGAUUUUACGGGAUUGUAUGCAUUUGAGAGAAGCAGAAGUUUCCAGGUUGCUUUCGGCGAUUCUUGCAGGACGUUUCAAGCUUCUUAAGCACCUUGAUGUAUCCAAUCGAGAGGGGCUUGCAUCUGAUGAUGACUGGUACCAGAGAUGUUACACUCCAAGUUUCAUGUCUUUACACGAGUUACUGGAAGAAAGGCCCAAUUUAAAGGUGUUUGCAGAUUUUCCUGCCGAAGGAAGCUUUGUGGAAGAGCCAAUGACCAGCAGUGAUGUCAACAAUGAUACCAACUCACCCUCUGGGGAAUAUGCAUUCACUACCUCAUCGGAGAGCAGUUAUAAUAGCGACCACAGUAGUGGCAACGAGGACUACCCUAAUGCCGGGUUUCCAGUCCAUGAUGAGAGUUCAGAUGAGGUGGAUGAUUUAUAGAGAGAGAGAGAGAGAGAUGUCAACAUCUCGGUCCAGUGGAACCGGCUGUAUAACUGGUACAAUCUCCGCAUCAACUCAUCAGGUCACGAGAUGAAACUGUUGCAUAAAUUAAUCCACGUGAUGUUGCUGCUUUUUCAAUUUAAUGAAACCAUGUUUCUGGUCAUGAGGAAUUCUAAUUCGUAUACUUCAUUGCAAGCUAUCAGGUGUCCCGACUCCUGUCGAUACUUCUACACGCAAUGCAAAUUCAGUGCGAUCCUUAUUGCAUUAACACUCGGAUAUUCAUUCUCCGAGCACAAUUCAGCGGCUGCUGCGUAGAUUGUGAUUUUUUUAUAGUUCACAGGCGUGCAUAUACACACUCACAUUCUUGUUUACGAGGACCUGCAGAUUGUCGUAAGGUGUCUUGAUAGUUUGCUCAGGUUUCAAGCUUUGUUUUUCAUUUGAACCUGCAGAAACGAUCAUAGGAGUAUUUAUUAUCUCAAUCUCUAUUAUUUUUUACUUGACUGGUUUCA